CCCUGCACUCCUGCAAACUUCUCUUCCACUGCUGCACUGCAGGCGCAUGUGAGUUGCGUCAAAUUGUUUGCAGCAAAUCGUUUCAUCAUUCGGUAGCUCUCCCUGUUUAUCUGACCCGGCGCAGAAAUGUGAACUCCGAUCACGCGAACUUGUCUGACGACAUUCACUAAUUCCUCAAUCCUUUCUUUGCAGAUUACUGCUGACCUUUGGUUGUCAUCUAUCGUCGCGCAUAGAUUCUUUCCCUCUUUGUUUGUUUCACUUGGGGCUGCUGGAACAUGAUAAGAUAAAGGACCCUUCCAGUCACCGCCCCUCGUCCGAUCGCGACUUUGCCAGGAGUUGCUCGAAAAGAUGCUUGCCUCUCUCUUACGCCCGAAGAAACGGAGAACAUACGCAGACCGUUCUCCGUUUUCAUCGCCGUAUACUACUCGGGACUCACCGUGGCCGUUUCUCGACAGUAUCACCCCGCAAGGGGAAGGGGGACAAGGAUAUGGAGAAUUGGAUGGAAACAAUGGCUUCAAUGAGACAAGUGGUCAACUACCGGGCUUCAACCACGAUGAAGAUGAAGGGGAGGAGACACCUGCGGACACCAGCCCUCUUCUUCCUAUCUUUUCUGCCUCUCACCUCGACACCCUUCCGGUAUAUGAUAUCACGCACGCCAUUCGCCCCUUGAUUGUCGCGCGCUGCGAAACUACUUUGACCUGGGACCAGUUGCGGUCGCCUCAGAUCUCUCAAUUCCUCGUGAAGCCUAUUCAACAGAAAAUACGAGCGGGACACUUUUCCCGAGCCACUUUAUACGCGCUAAUGACCAACUGCUUGCAAUUCGCAAAAGAGGUGCAUUCGAACCCCGGAAACAGUGGUGUGAGUCAGACCAGGGCUAUGGUGAGCGAGCUUCUCGCCAUAAAAUUACUGCGGGAGUAUACGACGCGAGAAUUGAUUGAUGCUCUGUCUUAUGAGUUUUAUCCGCUCAAUGGACAGGCUGUCACCGAACGAACACGAGGUUGGAAUUCCACGCAGGUCAAUAAGCGACCUGGUAUUGCCCGUAUUUCCUGCCUCGAAAUAGCCAUUAGAGCCCAAGCCAAACGUUUCUUAUCACAUCCUCUUGUUGUCCAGCAGCUCGAGGCCAUUUGGGCAGGCACAAUAGUGUUUCAUUCGGCAGCCGACAAUCUUCAUCGCUCGCUGGCAAGACCUCAUCGGAACGGAGGUCUGGCCUACGGCUCGACUUCCAAUGCAGUACCGGUCAAUCAGCAGGUACAAUCUGGAAUGUCCGGUCUGCGCCGCUCAGUGACUAUCUACGACCCAAGAGACGCAUCUUUGUUCAAGCUUUCCAGGCUGCGGGUGCCUCGUUACCGUCAGUUUCUAUCCACACUUUCGUUCGCAAUCUUGCUGGUCCUGUUUCUAGCUGUUCUGCAACAGCGUCGCCUUGAAAUCACCUCACUUGAGAUCGUUUUCUGGUUUUGGAGUGCUGGCUUUAUGCUUGACGAAAUCGUUGGCUUUAACGAGCAGGGAUUCAGCCUAUAUCUCAUGAGUUUCUGGAAUCUCUUUGACCUCGGGAUCCUGUUCCUUCUCUUUUGCUAUUACUGCAUGCGGCUUUAUGGCGCUGUGAUGCCAUACACGCGUAAUAAAUACAUUGCAGAUCAGGCGUACGAUAUUCUGGCUGCGAAUGCCGUCCUGUUGUUCCCACGCCUUUUUUCAAUCCUCGAUCAUUAUCGGUAUUUCUCCCAAUUGCUCAUCGCAUUCCGGAUCAUGGCCUCGGACUUGAUCGCAGUCUUUCUGUUGAUCAUCAUAGCCUGCAGUGGAUUCUUUGUUGCAUUCACACUCUCUUUUGGCAAUGGCGAAGACCACUCGCCUGGUGCCGUGGCGUAUGCUCUAUUCCAGAUGCUGAUGGGGUUUACCCCAACGGCCUGGACCCUCUGGGAUGACUACAACACGUUGGGGAAGAUCAUACUGACUAUCUUCUUAUUCAUCUGUCAUUUCGUUGUCGUGACCAUACUGAUCACGGUUCUCACCAAUUCCUUUAUGGCCAUUGUACAGAACGCCAAUCAAGAGCACCAAUUCCUUUUCGCUGUCAAUACCAUCUCCAUGGUGAAAUCGGAUGCUCUCUUUUCGUAUGUUGCGCCGACAAACAUACUGGCAUGGUUGAUCGCUCCAUUGCGCUACUUCAUGUCUUUCAGACAGUUUGUGCGACUUAACCGCACCAUCAUCAAAGUGACUCACCUGCCGAUUUUGUUUUCCAUUUGCCUUUAUGAGAAAACAAUACUCAGCUUGCAAGUCAUGGGCUCUAUCGACCUCUUCGAUCCAUCUGCUCGUACCGAUAGCGCAGAUCGCUUUCGACCCCGUCGUAAUCGAUUCAGAGCUUUCACUUCCCAAGGCCAUCGGCUUGUCCGAGAACCCUCAGUAGCGACCUAUCAGAAAGACCGGGCCUUAGAAGCUGUUUUUCGACAACCUUAUCAGGAUGAGCCUGGCAGAGGUCUUGCAAAGCUUCAUCCUCGACAAAAUGACCUGGUCGUUAAUAACUGGAUGCAAACCAUGGGAUCCGGGCCGAUCCACCCUCCCGAUGAGCAGGACUCGGAUGAAGUUGACCGUUUGGAAAGAUUUCCAAGGAACCGAUCCGGGUAUCCGCGACGAACGACACGGAGUCUGCGCGAUUUUACAGAGUCAAACCGGUCGGCUACCUCUAACCCUGAGGAAUCUGCGCACCAUGCGGCAUCUUCACCUGCCACACCCCGGUUUGGGAGAGGCUUCUUAACACCUGCAAGAACGAGACAGCUUUCGCGGCAGACAGGAAUGGAGGGUGAUGAUGAGCUUACGAGCGACGAUAAUGGCGAGUGGGCUGAGAGAGGGCAGGAUCAUCAAUCACCGUCGAAGAAUUCCGAGCAGAACACUCUCAUGAGCUCCCACGAGAGCUCUCAUGCCACGCCACCGAGAUUCUUCAGCUCCCGGCCCUCAACAGCGCGACUAAAAUCUCGCAAGAACAGUCCCGCUCGGCGCUUCAGAAUGCAUACACGGAACUACUCGGGUGCCACUAUGCUGUACAAUCCGAUCUCCCGGAGAAGCGAACAUGAAAACCCGGAAGCUAUGCCACAUCCUGUCAGGCCGAGGGCCCACACGCCAGACCGUGCCAGUAGUAUCCUUGGUCCGACAUCCAGGGGACCUUGGGCCUUACGACGGCACAGUACGGACGGUGGCCGGUCUCGAACCACAACCCUGCGUAGAUCUGACCCCAUGUCAGUCCCAGACAUGAAUGGUUUCUCGGCGCCAGACUCUCACUUCAGGGGACGCCGACAGCCAUCAAUGCUCGACGGACUGGGCUCUGACCUGGGAGACAACAAGGCUAUCGCGAAUGGCUUCCUUGGCGGGGCUCCGUCAAGCAUGACUACCCAAAUGGCCUACGCCACGGGCAACAUCAGGCGGUCUGACAGUCCAAACAGCAACCAGGAUAUGCUGAGCAAACUCGUUCUGGCUCGGAUGAACAAUAUUGAAGAAGGUUUCCGUGAGGUGAUCAAGGAAGUCAAGGAUCUCCGUCGCGGUGGAGGCAGUCGCAGCCAAAGUCGACCUGACGAGCAAGGUAUCAUCACUCAACGGGAGAAGAAGAAAAGACGGGCCGGUGACAAGAAAGAGGCGAAAAAGAACGGACCGGGUUCUCGCAAAAGCAAGACCAGCAGCGAAGGUCAAUACUCGGACGAGUCGAGCACUCACCUGCGCGAGGAGGGAACCAUCUCACAGAAUCAGUAGCCGUCGAUCUCACGUGAUGCAUUUAUGAUUAUGAAAUGUUCAUUGUCUUUAUAUAAGUACAUGGUUGGCUGUCUCAUUAUUCUGUUGUUAUGCUGCGGUACAUAGUGUUUAUUCUCAUUUGAUACCCU